GGGCGCAUAUUCACCUAACCCCAACCUAACCUCAACUGUACCGAACGUCAGCAGUGAUCGUAGGCGCGUACACACAGUGACAAACGUCAAGCGCGCACUCGGCAAGAGAACGCGAACUCGUAGGCUAACGCGACUUUGUUGCGCUUUGUUGAAUGAUUCAUUCGCGUUGCGUGGACCGCGUGGACGCGAAUUAUGGCGCACCGUAAAAAGACUACGAGCCACGACGAGUCCUGCCAUCGAUCGUCGUCGUUACGAAAAAACUCGAAACACUACGUCGCCGACGCCGAGCAUGUCGUCUUCUCAUCGUCCUCGUCGUCCGACGAGGAAGUGGCAGCCGUUUGCCGCGGCGGACGCCGAGACUCGUCAUCGACGGAUCAUUUUGUCAGAAGUCGCGGCGACGUCGUCGUCGCCGAGCAGCCGACAGGUCAGGAGAGCCGAGAGCGUCGCGAGAGCAAUCCCUUCAGUUUCAAGGUCUUUUUGAAGAACGACACGCAGAGCGGCAAUUCCUAUCACAAUACCGGAGCGCGACCAAAGGUGUACUAUACACCGGCGUCGAGUCCUGGCAGCCACGAGGCCACUAAGGAGACCGGGGUUUACUCCUCCCGAAAUCCUACGGAACUUCCAGACUUUGUGCAGGAUCACUUGGUCAUAGAGCAGUGUUAUCUGAACGAACCAGCCGCGCAGCAGGUGCUGCUCGACGUGGACAAUCUUCCGGACUUUGCUCUGAACAGCAUGGAACAGCAGAGGCAGCCGCGACUGCGAAGCGAAAGCGGCAAGAGGGACGACUCCAGUGUUCUGUGCGAUCUGCCGUUUGAUCUCACCGGCAUGCUGGACAAGGGCUUGCCUUCUCACAGAGAUCGUUCCAAUCACUUGGACCUGCCUACCUUCGAAAGAUGUCCCACGCUCGCUUAUCGUCCUGAACCCGCAGACUUUCCCUUUGACUUGCCGCUGCCCCUUCCCGGCAGCCACGAGGCACGCGUCGGUACCGGUGCGAGUGCGAACACACGGGACGAGCCGCCAACGAGCGAAACGAGCGUCCACAAGUCUUUGCCGGACUUUUUGAGCGACGGUCCUAUACACAACAGAACGACGGAUGCGGAACCCAAGUCGAGCAUGACGGAAUCUACGGAAAGAUGGCUCUCGCUCGAAAACGAAAGAUUACGUCGUGAAUUGGAUACCGCUCGAAGGCAAAUCACCGAAAAAACGGACAGGAUUCGUUCGUUGGAGGUUGAACUGCUAUCCAGACAAGAAGUCGAGCACGAGGAAACUGCGCACUUGGAAAAGGCGAUGGAGCAGGUUGAAGAUAAUUUGAAGCAGAGUACAAAGAGAGCAGUCAACGCUGAAAGCACCGUCGCAUCACUGAAAAAGGAAAUUAAAGCUUUGACGAGAUAUCCCUCUUGCGGUUGGAGAACAGCGAACUUCGGGCCGGUGUUGCAGCAACAACGGGACAAGGCGAGUCGAGCGCAAAUGCUGCCAAUACCAAUCGUACCGUCAAAAGACUCGCCCGGGAUUUAUUCGCAGCUGCGUCGUCGGCCGAAGUGUCGCUCAGACAACUGAUGUCCGGUGUGGACAAUCUACGAGUCCUCGCGUCGACUUUAGAGAACGUGGAUAGGAUAAAAGACUGGACCAAAGACUUUUUACCUGACUUUGAAGAGGACAAUGCCACCGGUCCCGCUGUAUAAUGAGACUCCCUACGUGUAUAUAUAUGUAUAUACACAACACACGUAUACACACACACACACACACACACACACACACACACAUAUAUAUACGUUGUAUACAUUUGUAUUUUCGCACUAUCCCAUUUUUGUCGCUCCUCCGUGUAUCCUACCGUUAUCUCUACGCCAGGUGUUUCGCUGUUGUCGCGAAAACUAGUUGCGUCAGCGACAACUGUUAACCGUUUCCUCGCCGUUCUAAAACCGAAUAUCCAGACGGAUUUGCAUAGUCGCAUUAUGCGUGCAUGACGCGUGUAGCGAUUGUACUUUAGAUUUGUAAUUAGCCUAAAAUGUAGAAUGCGGCCUUUGAUUUCUUUGUGCGUGCACGUUGUGCAGCUACGCGACACCGUCCGGACUUGAUGCGUUGUGCAACGUCGCGCGUCUGCGAGUGCAAUGAGGUAUACACUCAUCCGAUCCAAUCUUGUUAUCUGCGUUCGCAGAAUUAAAUUCCCACUUUUCACUCGUGUAAAACCGUGUAAAACCGCCGCCCAUACGACUCGACAACACAAGCGACGUGAUCGCUCUGAACACGCGUAAAUACAUAUUAUUUAUAAAGCAUUCGUGACAAAUUUUUAUAUUUUUGCGUUUGUGAAUAGUCUGUGAAGACUUGUGCUUACUCGUUACCAUGACACAAAAAUGUACAUGUAUUUCUUAUACGAUAUAGAUUUCUACGCGGUCUCUCUUUCACGAUUUUCAAAGGAAUAUAUUUUCUUAGUUGUAUAUUGUUGUACAUGCGAACAAAACGAAAACAAAAAAAAAAGAAAUGAAUGUAUGAAUUCAGAAUCACAUCGUAAUUUCGAAUCUCGUAACAGUGCAAAAUCAAACGAAAGAA